CACACUAUAACAAUAUGUCAAUCUCGCACCACGAAGAUGAACAACCGUCAGGCCAUCAUUAUGACCAACAUAUUGGGCCUCUGCAGCCUCUUGCGCUGAUAUGGAACACUGGAGCACCCGAAACACAUGGUGUUGCCGAAAACAAGAUUCGACUGAUGAGGAACACUUAUAAGUACAAGCCAAUAGCUUACCACGAGGAUAUUCGAAUUUUGAAAAUCCUCCAUGGCAAGGACGACUCGGCUCUAGAGUGCAUGCUAUUCCGGAGCUCUUUACAGUCGACGACAUCAACCUCGAAGUCCGACUACUACGAGUAUUAUGCCCUGUCCUACGUGUGGGGGGAAGACCAGCCGACACAUCCAGUUACAAUAUACGAUGAUAGAGUUAUACGCGAUGGGCUACAAACUGUGAAUCCUUUUAGCUUGUCGGGAAAGCUUUAAAUAAGGGAUAACUUGGCUGCCGCAUCAAAGCAGUUCCGCAAAAGGACCAAAGACGUUAAUAUCUGGGGAGAUGCGUUGUGUAUUAACCAAGUCGACCUGGAUAAAAAGAGAGUGCAACUUUCAAGAAUGGGCCAGAUAUUUAGCGAGGCUACUUUCGUCUCCGUCUGUCUUGGAGCUGGCGAGCCCGAGACUAAAGAAACUUUCGACUUCCUCAAGUGUAUUAAGGACUUGAAGGUUCAAGACUGUCAUGAAACCGGGUCUCUGGGCUUGGAAAGCAAGGUAGAGUGGCUCUUAAUCCGAGGAUUCUAAACUAAGGAAGGAAGCUCGUAAGUACAGGAGCUUUGGUGUUCUAAAUACUAGCCAGCCGCAUACGUCAUCGCGGUCACGUGACGCUAAAUUUACUAGUAAAGCAGCAGAGUAUAAUAAUUAUUUUAUUAACCCCAGAAAGUAUAUUAUAUAAUAAG